AUGAAACUCCUCCUCCCCCUCCUCUCCCUAUUUUCCUCCUCCGCCCUCGCCGCCUCCCGCACCUCCCCCCCAUCCCCCUCCUGCCUCACCGUCGGCCCCUCCGGCCGACAAUACUCAACCAUCCAAUCCGCCGUCAACGCCCUCUCCACCACCUCUCCCGGGUCCCAAUGCAUCUUCAUCUACCCAGGCACCUACCACGAACAAGUCCUCAUCCCUGCGCGAACCGCUCAGCUAUCCAUCUACGGCUCCACCACCUCCACUUUAUCGUAUACCUCCAACACCGUCACUAUUAUUGCCAGCAAAUCGCAAGCGGACGGGUUAUCCAACGACGAGACGGCGACGGUCCGCGUCAAGAGCAAGAAUGCGCGCUUGUACAAUCUGAACAUAGAAAAUGCGCACGGCAAGGGCAGCCAAGCCGUGGCGCUGAGUGUGAUGUCCCCCGGAGACGGCGUGGGCGUGUACGGGUGUUCGCUCAAGGGGUUUCAGGACACGCUGUUGGCGCAGGAGGGGGCGCAACUCUAUGCGCGGACGCUGAUCCAGGGUGCAACGGAUUUCAUCUUUGGGCAGCGAGCACCGGCGUGGUUUGAGAAGUGUGAUAUUAGGGUUGUUGCUGCUAGUGUUGGGUACAUAACCGCAUCGGGCCGCGAUUCAUCGAGUAAUCCAAACAACUACGUCUUCAACAGCUGCACCAUCGCCGCCGCCGCCGGCAACUCUGUGCCCUCGGGAGCCUACUACCUCGGUCGUCCCUGGCGCGAAUACGCCCGCGUGACGUUCCAAAAGACCAGCAUGACGAACGUGAUCAACCCUGCGGGCUGGAGUAUCUGGAACACGGGCGACGAGAAGACCAGCCACGUUUCGUAUGGGGAGUAUGCUAAUACCGGUGCGGGAGCGAGCGGGAACAGGGCGUGGUUUGGUAAGAAGUUGGGUGCCGCGGUCAAGAUUGAGACAGUGCUGGGGAGUGGUUACGCGAGUCAGGGGUAUUAUGAUUCUAGCUAUAUGUGA